CGGCCAGGGGUGGCCGGAGGCGCUCGGCGCAUGCGUGUCCAAUGCCCCGCCUUUCAUGCUUGCUGUUGUUGUCGGGGGAUUAGCCAGCCGGGGAAGCGUGAGACGUCGCUGCCGCCGUUGUGUUCCUCUCCGCCGCCUCUUCCCCCCCCCAAGAGGGAGUCGUUUCACUCACGGGGCUCGGCAGGUCAUCAUGUAAUGAACCUUUUAUUAUGGCCAAUGACACUCUGGAAGGUUUUCAUGAAGUGAAUCUAGCUUCGCCUACUACCCCAGAUCUUCUCGGAGUGCAUGAAUCUAGCACUACUGAACAAACUACCUCACCAACUGUCAUCUACCGGCUUCACCCCUCAGCUUUGUGCACCACACCAAUUCAGCCAACAGCCCUAGAUGUGUCUGAUCUUCCUACACAGCCAGUCUAUUCAUCCAUCAGGCAUCUAAACUGUGCAGAAGCAUCAGGUAUCAGCAUCAGUGUUACAGAAACUGUACCUUGUUCUACCUCAGGACCCCAGUGUGGGUCAUCAAAACAUGAUAAUUCCAGAAAGGAAAGCAGCAAUGCAGAAAGAGAAUUUCUGCAAGGGGCAGGAGUCACAGAUUUCUCUGACGGAAGUGAUGAUAUUUUGGGAAUAAGCACAGAUAGCCUGUCUCGCCUGCGGAGUCCGUCUGUAUUGGAAGUACGAGAGAAGGGCUAUGAAAGAUUGAAGGAGGAACUUGCUAAAGCACAGAGGGAACUGAAACUCAAGGAUGAGGAAUGUGAGAGACUUUCUAAAGUGCGAGACCAACUUGGACAGGAAUUGGAAGAACUCACUGCUAGUCUGUUUGAGGAAGCACACAAAAUGGUGAGAGAAGCUAACAUAAAACAAGCCACAGCUGAAAAACAACUGAAAGAAGCACAAGGAAAAAUCGAUGUUCUUCAAGCUGAAGUAGCAGCUCUGAAAACAUUGGUGUUGUCCACUUCACCGACCUCACCAACACAAGAGCUUCAGCCUGGUGGAAAAACACCUUUCAAAAAAGGUCAUACGAGAAACAAAAGUACAAGUAGUGCAAUGGGUGUCAACAACCAGGAUCUAGCUGUCAUGCAGCCCAUUGUGAAAGACUGCAAAGAGGCUGACAUCGCCCUGUAUAACGAAUUCAGAUCCUGGAAAGAUGAUCCCACCAUGGACAGGUCAUGCCCUUUCCUGGAAAAAAUCUAUCAGGAGGAUAUCUUCCCAUGUCUAACCUUCUCCAAAAGUGAGCUGGCAUCUGCUGUCUUGGAGGCUGUGGAAAACAAUACCUUAAGCAUCGAACCAGUUGGCUUGCAGCCUGUUCGUUUUGUGAAAGCUUCUGCAGUUGAAUGCGGAGGACCAAAGAAAUGUGCACUCAGUGGACAAAGUAAAGCAUGCAAACAUAGGAUUAAAUUAGGGGACUCCAGCAACUAUUACUAUAUUUCUCCCUUCUGUAGAUAUAGGAUCACAUCUGUAUGUAACUUUUUCACAUACAUUCGGUAUAUUCAGCAGGGGCUUGUGAAGCAGCAAGAUGUGGAUCAGAUGUUUUGGGAGGUAAUGCAGCUAAGGAAAGAGAUGUCACUGGCAAAACUUGGAUAUUUCAAGGAAGAACUGUAACUGCUACACUUCUGGUGCUUGCAUGAACUACCAUAAAUGUACAUAUCUUCCAGAUUGGUACUGAAUCCUUGUCAAUUGAUAUUUAUUUUGAAAAAUGGGUCCAAGGCUUUUUCUUCUGUGCAAAUUGCACUACGUACUCUUCUGAUUUAAACAAAAUGGUCUUAGGAUGCAGAGGAAUGAAAUGCUGUUCAUUGUGAAUAGAAGGCAAGAAAGAUUUUCAGGUGUACUAGCGAUUGUAAUUUAUGAUUGAAAAAUGCAGGUUAAGUGCUUUUCAGGAUUCAUGCUUGUGUUCUGGAGAGUUUUUAAUGUAGAAUUUCAAUAAAAGUUAACUGAAAGUAGUCCAUGAUAUUAGUCUUUUUUUU